AGGGGAAGCCGCCGAUGGCCGUGGACAUCGGUGCGGGCGAGGUGGUGGAAGGCUUCGAAGCCGCCUGCCGUGGCCUGCGCGCGGGCCAGAAGGUCAGCGUCACCGUUCCGCCAGAGAAGGCCUACGGCAACCGCAACGAGGACUUUGUCUUCCGGGUCCCCGCGGGCAGCGUGCCCAAGGGGACGGCAGUGGGCGAGAAGGUGAUGCUUGGUGGCCCUGGAUUGCGGCAAAGAUCGGGUGACGAUGUCACAGCGGGCGCCUGCUUCUUGCCCGUUGCCCGAUGCGAAGGAGGACGGAUGAGGGAGGGGUAAGGGUGGAAGAGGAAUCGCCGAUGGAGAGUGGGACUUGGAGGGGGAUGUGGCGAUGGAGAAGGCCUUCGCAGAAGGCGGCGGGACUUCUCAGAAGCCCUCGCACUUUGUGAGCUGUUUCCUGUGUCUGCGGAGAAGGCUCAGGAAACUUCUCCGAAGGCUGGGGGGUCCGAGCCUUCCGAGAAGGCCCGCCCCCUUCUCAGGCGAUCGCAAACAUGGAUUAAGGGGGC